AGCCGCUGACCUGCAGGCACGGGAACAGCCGCAUCCUCCACUCAGAACAAGCUUUCCUUUUAUUAUUUUUUUUUCUUUCUUUCUCUUAUUUUUUUUUUUCCUUCUAUUUUCUUAAAUUCUAUGGGGGGUAGAAAUCAAUGUAUUCUAUAUAAAUAAAUAUAUAUAUAUAUAUAAAGAGGGAGAUAUAUAUAAAGACCGGAACGAGCUCAGGUGCGCAUGGCUGCUCGCCUGACGUGAGGAACCGGGCCGGACCGGGCCGCCGCUGCCGCCAUGGAGCACAUCCGGAUGCCCAAGGUGGAAAAUGUGCGGUUACUUGAUCGCUUAUCUUCAAGAAAAGCUACAGUGGGAACCUUGUACUUAACUGCUACUCAUGUCAUAUUUGUGGAAAAUGGUUCUGAAACUCGUAAAGAAACCUGGGUUCUGCACAGCCAAAUUUCCUCCAUUGAGAAGCAGGCCACAACUGCUACAGGUUGCCCACUGCUGAUCCGCUGCAAGAACUUCCAGGUUAUCCAGCUGGUCAUCCCUCAGGAGCGAGAUUGCCACGAUGUCUACAUCUCUUUAAUACGUCUGACACGGCCAGUGAAAUAUGAAGAGCUGUAUUGCUUCUCAUUCAAUCCAAAAUUAGAUAAAGAAGAACGCGAGAAAGGCUGGAAGCUUGUGGACCUCAAAGAAGAGUAUAACCGGAUGGGUAUUCCAAACAGCUACUGGCAGAUUAGUGAUGUAAACAGAGACUAUGGAGUCUGUGACUCCUAUCCUACAGAGGUGUAUGUACCAAAGUCUGCAACUGCACACAUCAUAGUGGGGAGCUCUAAAUUUCGGAGCCGAAGGCGUUUCCCAGCUCUUUCCUACUACUGCAAGGAUAACAAUGCCUCAAUAUGUAGGAGCAGCCAGCCUUUAUCUGGCUUUAGUGCUAGAUGCCUUGAAGAUGAACAGAUGCUUCAGGCCAUCAGAAAAGCAAACCCAGGAAGUGAUUUCAUAUAUGUUGUUGACACUCGGCCCAAACUCAAUGCAAUGGCAAACCGAGCAGCAGGGAAGGGAUAUGAAAAUGAAGACAAUUAUUCCAACAUCAAGUUUCAGUUCAUAGGCAUUGAGAAUAUCCAUGUAAUGAGAAACAGCCUGCAGAAAAUGCUUGAAGUUUGUGAAAUGAAAUCGCCUUCAAUGAGUGACUUCCUGUGGGGCCUUGAAAAUUCCGGCUGGCUGAAACAUAUCAAAGCCAUUAUGGAUGCUGGCAUCUUUAUUGCAAAGGCUGUGGCUGAGCAAGGUGUGAGUGUGCUUGUUCACUGCUCUGAUGGCUGGGAUAGAACAGCCCAGGUUUGCUCUGUAGCAAGCCUUCUCUUGGAUCCACAUUACAGAACUAUGAAGGGAUUCAUGGUUUUAAUUGAAAAAGACUGGGUUUCCUUUGGUCACAAAUUUAACCACAGGUAUGGCAAUUUAGAUGGAGAUCCAAAGGAGAUAUCCCCUGUUAUUGAUCAGUUCAUCGAGUGUGUCUGGCAGCUAAUGGAACAAUUUCCUUGUGCCUUUGAGUUCAAUGAGAGAUUCCUGAUUCACCUACAGCACCAUAUCUACUCCUGCCAGUUUGGUAAUUUCCUGUGUAACAGUCAGAAGGAGAGACGAGAGCUGAAAAUCCAAGAACGAACAUAUUCACUGUGGGCUCACUUGUGGAAAAAUCGUGCAGAUUACCUGAAUCCUUUGUAUAGACCAGACCACAGUCAAACCUGGGGGACCCUGCAUCCACAGAUGGCUCCCUGCAACUUCUUGUACAAAUUCUGGAGUGGUAUGUACAACCGCUUUGAAAAGGGGCUGCAUCCUCGACAGUCAGUCACUGAUUAUCUGAUGGCAGUGAAGGAGGAGACUCAACAGCUGGAAGAAGAACUGGCAGUCUUAGGAGAGAGGUUGGCAAAUCUUCAAAAAUUGCAAUUAAAUGGUAAUAAAGUAAAGAGUAAACAGCAAGACCGAAGCAAGGAGUUGAAGCUUUCUGCUUCUAACAACAGCAUAGCUAACACUCCCCAGGAGUACAGCAAUGAUCUGAAAUCAUUCCCAUCCCGGAGCCCUUCUCAAGGGGAUGAAGAAGAUUCAGCCUUGAUUUUGACACAGGACAACCUGAAAAGUUCUGAUCCUGACCUCUCAGCUAACAGUGACCAGGAGUCUGGGGUGGAGGACUUAAGCUGCAGGUCCCCAAGCGCAGGUGGCUGUUUGCCUAGUGAAGACAGUGGCAAGGAUUCAGAUGAAGCUGUGUGCCUGGCAGUCUGAAAUGCCUUCAGAGCAGCAAGGAUCUAGAUGGAGCUGAGUCCUUCGUGGUCUGGAGAGACAACUUGUAAUCAGGUGAAGCAUGGGAAUUGUCUGUGGCCUGAAGAAAUAAUCCAAAGAAAGGGAACUGUGCAAUUAUGUAAGUAAAGAUUUAGCAGAACAAGCCAUUAUUAGUUUUAAGACAUAAUGCUAACAAAUGGUAAUCUCUGAUGUUAUGAAUAUUUAUUUAAGCCAGUGUGGUGUUUCUUUCCACUUUAUCAAUGCUGCACAUAAUUAUUCCUUACUCUGUACAUUUCCAUCAUUAUUUAUUGUACAAAUUAAUAGUUAUCCUCCAAAACCACAACAUUCCGAAGUACUCGAUGUAUGGACAAAGCUGAAGAUUCAUUAGCACUAGGCUUACUGGUGAAUUGGUCAAAACUUAUUUUUGUAGAGUUUUUUUGCCUUAGGACAUACCAUAUAUUCCUUCAUUUUCCCAUAAGCAGUGUUGUUUUUGUUUGGUUUUUUGAACUCCAACAACUACUUUCCAUUUUCUCCCGCUACAGUCCUUUAAGGCAAUGUAAACCUAGCAAAUGAACACGCUUGCUGAAGGGGACAAAUGUAGUAUUGAGCCCAAAGGAAGGUUCCUUACUAAGCUGCAGCUCCUGCACACAACUGUGUCCCAUUUGUAUUUGAUUAUCAAUCAGCACUGAGAGUUCAGAAGUUUCUGUGUGCAAAACUUCAAUCAAUAUAAAAAUACUUACUACAGUCUUUGUGGCGAAGAGUUCCCUUAAAAUGAAAGAUAUUAGGCCAUAAAAUUCUAAACAUAAUAAAAAUCCUCAGUCUAUUUUGACUCCUAUUCAUCAAGGUUAUUUCAGUAGGAAUAAGACUCAUACACUGCACAGGUGAUGAGGAGUCCAAAUCCACUCAUAAAAGUCAACAGUAGGUGCAAUAGCUUUCAUAAUCACAGAUAUGAAAGUAAACCACUUGGGAUGUUUUGAAGCACACUGAAAGGCCUCCACAUCAAGCUGUAGUGCUUCUAAGUCUUUUUUCUUCCUCCCCUCCUUAAUAGGAAGGAGUUAAAAAUAUAAUUCAAGUGUCUGCUCUUACUGACGUGGAGACAAUGAUGUGGUAUUGAGCUCCAGUAAAGCAAAGCAUGUUAGUAAUGUAAGUUUACUUUGAUUGCACUUCAUACUUCUCCUUGAAGUACCGACUACAGGCUGAAUUAUAUAAAUAUACCUCAAUUUAGAAGCUUUAGAUUUUAUGAGUCAGUUUUCUUUUGUGGGAUGUCUUUUCAUUUUGUCCGAAGAACUUCAUAUUGAAAAUGAGUAGCUAAACUUCAGUAUAAUUAAUAUCCUAAGGAAGUUAGUGUCUUUGAACAAAUAAUUCAGUUCUUAACAGCAAGAUUUACCUUACUGCUGUACUAGGAAGGACAGUACUCAGUUCUGAUAAAUCACUGUCACUCAAUUAAAAAUAGGGCUAUGAUAAAUCACGGGCUGCUGAGAAACUAUAGCCUUCUGGUUUUUAAUCUUCAUAGCUUUUUAUUAUGUGAAUAUCCUGAUUUUAAUUGUACUUUUAAAGAUGUUUCAUAUUUUGAACACAGCCUGUCAAAUUUACAGUAUUAAAAGAAGUUUUGAAUGGGUUUUCUCAAAGUAAAGAAACACGCUGUGAAAUCAGCACUGAAACAAAAUAUGUACAACUAUUCUUCCUAAAAAUGAGUUCAAGACUGGGUGAUAUUAUUUCACAUCUUUAAAAUGUAGAGUUGUAUAUCAUGGUAUUGUACUGUAUUAGACAUGCCUAGAAACAAAUGCGGAACAGGAACAUAUGCAAACUCCAAGUACUAUCUUCAUGUUGCUUAUGCAAUUCCUCGUAACUAGCUUUACACCUGAAAUACUGACAUACUAACAUUUGAAAUGAAGUUUCUGCUUAGCAGUCUGCUGUGAUGUAUCUUUGAAUCCUUACAAUUUUGCAUAACUUACUAUUGUUUUCAUUGCAAUGUUAUGUAUUUGUGACAUUAUUAGUGCUGAGAAACACUUCCAAAUAAAUACUUAGGUCAUGAACAGAUGGUUACAUUACUUCA